UUCAUCAUUAUCUUCUUCAUCUCUGUUUCUUGUAACUGUCGCAAAUAUGGUCGUUCAGUCACAUCCAGAAUUGGACAAUAUCUCUCUUAUCAACACAUGCAAACCCACCAGCUUCUUCAAUGGAGUUCCAGUGAUAGACCUAUCGGACCCUGAAGCCAAGACCCAUUUGGUCAAGGCCUGCGAGGACUUAGGCUUCUUCAAGGUUAUCAAUCAUGGCGUUUCUCUCCACCUCAUGGCCAGAUUGGAAAACGAAGCCAUCAAGUUCUUCAAUCUUCCCCACUCUGAAAAAGGCAAGGCUGGACCUCCUGAUCCAUUCGGUUAUGGCAGCAAGAGAAUCGGGCCUAAUGGUGAUGUUGGUUGGAUUGAAUAUAUCCUCCUCAACUCCAACCGACAGCUCCCAUCCCACAAAUCUCUUACCAUUUUCAAUCGAAACGCAGAUGAUUUUCGGUCAGCUGUGGAAGAAUACGUGGUGGUGGUGAAAGAAAUGAGCUGUAAUGUAGUGGAAAUGAUGGCCCAAGGAUUGGGUAUUGAGACAAAAAAUGUGUUCAGCAAGCUGUUGAGAGAUGAGCAAAGUGACUCAUGCUUUAGGAUUAACCAUUACCCGCCAUGCCCAGAUGAGCUCAAGGGUUUGGUCAAUAAAAAUUUGAUGAUUGGGUUUGGGGAGCAUACAGACCCACAGAUAAUCUCUGUACUAAGAUCCAACAACAUUUCAGGUCUGCAGAUCUCUCUCAGAGAUGGCACUUGGGUUUCAGUCCCACCUGAUCACACUUCCUUUUUCAUUAAUGUUGGUGAUGCCUUGCAGGUGAUGACGAACGGGAGGUUUAAGAGUGUGAAGCACAGAGUGUUGGCUGGGACAAGGGAGUCGAGGGUUUCGAUGAUUUAUUUUGGAGGGCCACCAUUGGAGGAGAGAAUUGCACCUUUACAAUCUCUGCUUGCACAGCAUGAACAAAGCUUGUACAAGGACUUCACAUGGCGCGAAUACAAAAACUCUGCAUACAAGUCAAAGCUGGCUGAUAACAGGCUCAGGCUGUUUGAGAAAGCUGGAGAACGAUGA